AUCGAUUGGAGAAAGAGGUCUGACCGGUUUCCUUUGAGCUGCCAUUUUUGUGUGUGAACAACGAGGUCCUCAGACAUUAGAGAGGCAGAGGCUACAUGUAUCAAUGGGAGAUCAGCGACCACCAAAACUCCCGGCACAGCAAGGAAACCGUACUCGAAAACGAGCAGAUUCCUGGCUCUGCAAAUGAUCUGGUACCGCCUGAGCUCAGCUGAAAAGCAAAGAAACAUAUAAAACACCUGCAUGUCUUAAACAAAUCCCGCCUUGUUUCCUGCUCCAUCUCUUUUCCUCGCCUCCUUCCUCAGAUCCAUUGCUACUCUUCCCGUUUACCCGGCCUUGCCUUGCCUACCGGGUUUCUCAGAGGAGGCGACGAGGACGGGCUGAGUAAGCUAGAGGUGAUGGGGGCCGAGGUGGCGGCUGGCGGCGGCCGCCUCCCAGGUUUCUUGGGGAGGAAGAGCAGGUACGCGCGCAUGGACGACGUGCUCCCGCCGGAGCCCGAAGACGGCGGCGGCGUCCGUGUUCGCGGCGGAGGCGGCGGCGGCAGCAGCCGGAGAUACGUCUUUGCCUGCUCGGUCUUCGCGUCGCUCAACCAUGUCCUGCUCGGCUACGACGUCGGCGUGAUGAGCGGCUGCAUUAUCUUCAUCCAGAAGGACCUCCAUAUCACGGAGGUGCAGCAAGAAGUGCUAGUCGGGUGCCUCAGCUUCAUCUCCCUCCUCGGCAGUCUAGCCGCUGGCAGAACAUCGGACGCCAUCGGCCGGAAGUGGACCAUCGGCCUCGCCGCCUCCGUGUUCCAGGCCGGCGCGGCCAUCAUGACGUUCGCGCCGUCCUUCGCUGUGCUCAUGACGGGGCGGCUGCUGGCCGGCAUAGGCAUCGGAAUCGGCAUCAUGGUGGCGCCCGUGUACAUCUCGGAGAUCUCGCCGGCGACGCUACGGGGCACCCUCGCGUCCUUCCCCGAGAUCUUCAUCAGCUUCGGCAUCCUCCUCGGCUACGUCUCCAACCUCGUGUUCGCGGGCCUGCCCGACCACAUCAACUGGCGGGUCAUGCUCGGCGCCGGCAUCCUCCCGUCCAUCUCCAUCGCGUUCGUGCUGCUGGUCAUCCCGGAGUCGCCGCGGUGGCUGGUCAUGCAGAGCCGGGCCAGCGACGCGCUCGCGGUGCUCGCCAAGGUCUCGGACAGCGAGGAGGAGGCGCAGGAGAGGCUCGCCGAGAUCGAGGAGGCCGCUCGUGUCACUGCUUCAGGCAAGGCGGCGUGGCGGGAGUUCCUGAGGCCGUCGCCGGUGGUCCGCCGGAUGCUGAUCACCGGACUUGGCGUCCAGUUCUUCCAGCAGGCCACCGGCAUCGACGCGCUGGUGUACUACAGCCCCACCAUAUUCCGGGACUCCGGCAUCACGACGGAGAGCCAGCUCCUCGCCGCCACCGUCGCGGUGGGGUUCUCCAAGGUGGCGUUCAUCGUGAUCGCCAUCGUCCUGGUCGACCACGUCGGCCGGAAGCCGCUCCUGUACAUCAGCACGAUCGGCAUCACCGCGUGCCUGGCCGUGCUGGCGGCGUCGCUGUCCCUGCUCGCGCGCGGCGCGCUGCCGAGCGGCGCCGCGGUCGGGCUCGCCAUCCUGACGGUGUGCGGCUUCGUGGCCUUCUUCUCGGUGGGGAUCGGGCCCAUCAACAUGGUGCUGAGCUCGGAGAUCUACCCGCUUCGGCUGCGCGCGCAGGCCGUGGGCAUCGGCUUUGCCCUGAACCGGAUGGCCAGCGGCGGCGUGGCCAUGUCGUUCCUCUCCAUCUGCCGCGCCGUGACCGUCGCCGGCGCGUUCACCGCGUUCGCCGUCGUAUCGGCGGUGUCCGUGGUGUUUGUGCACCUGUUCGUGCCGGAGACAAGCGGCAAGACAUUGGAGCAGAUAGAGUCCCUGUUCGGUGGUGGUGGUGUCACGUCCGGUGAGGUGGAGCUCGGCGAUGCCGAGCGUCUUGAGCACAAGAGACUAGUAACGCACUGAUGAGCAUUGCGGUGAUGAACAUUUACCACGGCCGGAUGGCUCAAUGAUCGUAGACACUAGACACUUGCAAAGAUGAUAUCAACAGUGUUUUUUCUUAGGAUUUGGUGAAGGCGUUGUAUUCUUUGUUCUUUCUCCAUAUUAUAUUAGAAUAAACUAGGGAUGCCAAUUGGUAACCAUUAGGUGCCCCUCCAACCCUCUCUAGUUCAAAAUUUUAUACUAAUUCUUCAAAACCAUAUCUCAAU